GCGCCGUAGUGGCGGGGGGCGGAGGCGGAGGUGUCCGUCUCUGUAGGUUCAGAGUAGGGUUCUGUUGGCGCGCUUGUGACUCUGGUUUCUCGUGUCCUUCCAGCACUUGUCGAGGUGCCUGGCGUUUGGCAGCAUCUCGAUUUAUGUGCAGGCCAGUCCCUCCUGAGUUAGGCUGUCGGUGAGCGCAGGCUGUGCCUCGGGUCCAGCGUCUUUACGGUCCUUUCCUAGGAACUGACUUGGAGAGGCGUGGAGGGGAAGAGUACGAGGCCUGCCGGUCAUCUACCGGGCCCACUCCGGAUUUCCAGGAGUCUCCGGAGAAGCUGCCCUCCUGACGUGUGAGGAGACCCGGCCGAGCCCAGGCUGGCUAUGAAGAGCGACGCUUCGACUUCUGCAGCCCCCUUGAAAGGGCUCGGGGGCCCUUUGCGGAGCAGCGAGCCCGCGCGUGCCCUGCCGGCUGUGUCACCCGGGGCGCACCUGCUAGAGGAGGCGGCCGACCUGUUGGUGGUGCAUCUGGACUUCCAAGCCGCACUAGAGACUUGCGAACGGGCUUGGCAGAGCCUGGCCGAGGAGCCCGCAAGUGGCACUGUUGUGGAGGUGAGGUGCUCCCUGUGUGUUGUGGGGAUCCAGGCUCUGGCAGAAAUGGAUCGGUGGAGAGAAGUCCUGCCCUGGGUCCUCCAGUAUUACCAGGUUCCUGAAAAGCUUCCUCCCAAAGUCCUGGAGCUGUGCAUCCUUCUACACAGCAAAAUGAAAGAGCCUGGGGCUGUGCUGGCUGUGGCUGAUGCCUGGCUCCAAGACCCAGACAAUCAGGGGCUUCCUGAGUACGGAUCAUUGGCAGAACUCCACCUGCUCCGGGUGCUGCUACCCUUGGGCCGCUUGUCAGAGGCCGAGGGCCUAGCCGAGGGCUCUGCAGCUUUCAGCGAGGAGCAGCGGGAAGAAGCGCUGCAGGCCAUCCACACAGCACAGCAACAGCGGACGCAGGAGCACCCGAGGCAGGAGCACCUGAGUUCUCAGGAGCAGCAGAAGCUAAGCCAGCAGGGUUCAUUCUCCUGGAAGUUGAUGUCACUGCUGAGGUUGCUUCGCCAGCUUUGGGGCUCUGUGAAGAGCCACCUCCUCUCUCAGCCCUUCAAAAAGAGCCUCCUGGCCGCCUUGAUCCUCUGUCUGUUGGUUCUGCGGUUUGACCCAGCAACUCCUUCUUCGCUGCCCCUCCUCUACCAGCUGGUCCAGCUCUUCCGCCGGAUCCAGAAGGCCACACUCUCUCGGCUCUACCCACUCGCCCUCCGUGACUGAGUGGUCCUGCCCCGGCUGCCUUGGCCUCCUGCAGUCCACAGCUACAGAAGCAGAGAUGUUGUGUCCGGUGGCUGAGCCCCAGCUGGCUCUGUGGGCCCGGGCCCACAUCGUUCCAGAGAGAGAGACACAAAGGCAGGUGAGCUGUGGCUGGCUGCCUGUGAACCCUCCCUUUGGCAUCCCACUGUGAGGGGGCCUCAGAGGGAGUGUGGAAAUAGUGAUGCCCAAGGCCCAGCCACCCAGAGCAGAGGUCUGGCUGCCCAGAACAGUUCUCUUACCUCUUACUGCAACAGCUCCUCAGAAAGGCAGGGUUCCAGAGCAGGGAAUAUGUCUUGAAACACUGUUGUCUUGACAAAGGCCGAGGGUGCUUUCCAGGCUGGGUGCUGAGGGAGCUGGGGGUCCACAAACAACUGGUGGAGUGGCCUUUGGCCUUCGGCUUCUGAGAAACUUACCUCUGAGAAUUGCUCCACUGCACAGUAUUUGAGUUCCAGUGAAACCAGAGCUGCCUCUUCUCCCAUGCUCCUCCCACAGGCGCCAGAAUUACGAGUCAGUGGACCAUCCCCUCCAGCUGGUCCUCCAGUCGGGCAGGAGGCUUCUGCCUGAGGCGGUUUGCUAUUCAGGCAGAAUGUGGCUUCUGACCCACCAGGUGACCGCUGGGAGCACAGUGAGCCUGCCUGACCUUAUCUCUGGGGAAUGUGAUCUUUCUUGGUGCCUCUUAGUCUUAGCUCAGUUUUCCAGGAUGCCAGGGGCCAAGCACAGCUCUCGUGGACCCACUGUACCCCACUACCCUUUGACCUGUCCAGCUAGCUCUGGCACACACUGUGGCAGGUCCCUCUCUGUGCCCUGCUGUCCUAGUUGCUGUCUGUGGUUUGUAUAAUGCCCGUGUGGCACGGGAAGUAGGCCAGUCUCAGAGCUCUGAGAGCUGAAAAUGGAACUGGGUAAUCAGGUGAUCUGGAAGAGCCGAGGGGGCUGGGCCAAGGGGGCUGAUGGGGGCCGAAGGGACAAACCCCAGGGGCGAGGCACUGGACUUGUUUCAGCUUUUCUUUUGAUGACCACAAAGGUCUCGAAUGUUUCUGUCUAAAUAAAUGCAGAGCAUUCUGGUCCCGCCAGUGUGGCGGCCUUCAGCCGGCCACCCAUGCCAGAUCUCUGUCAGAGUGGAUGAUGGGAAUGCACAGAGGGUUUGCUAGCUUUUUGCUGGUUGAUUUUUAGGAACUGUGAGUCAACAGUUUCUCCUUAGAAGAGGAAACUUGACAGACACUUAGAAUUCCAUCUGAAUCCUGAGGACUUGGGAGCCUUGAUAGCCUUUCCCUGUCCGUUUGUGUAUGGCUUUUAAAUAGACCCCGGCUCACUGGGAGAGAAAAGGACUCGGGAAGGGUUGGAAUCCCUUGAUGAGGAUUCCUCUCUUGCUUGCUUUUGACUUGGGAGUUUCACUGUUGUUACUCGGCUUGGCCCAGGACUCCAGGACUCGAGCGAUGAACUCCACCCACCAGUGGAGUUCUUGAAUAUUUGUGACUCCCAGCUCUUUCUCUUCCCCAGCCUCCAUCUCAAGCCCCCCAUGCAGUGGUGACUUGGUGGUGGUGGGGUUGUUUGCCCCCUCCAGUGCUGGAGCUUUUGGAAGCUGCAGAUCAAGGCUCACAUCCCAGAGUUCAGCCUUCUCAUCUGUAAGUCAGCCUUUAGCUCCCAGGGACUCGCACAUGCGUAAAUGGGCACAUAGGAAGCCCUUGGCACAUUCUCCUGCCCUGAGGAAGAGUUCUCGUGAGUGGUUGCUGAGCCGAGGCCUAGCUGAGCAUGCGUAAGUGCUCAGAGGGGUGAACAAGUGGGCGAUGGAAGAGGGCGUGUGCUUUUGGCAGCCUGUGCGGUCCCCUGCUAUGAAACCUGGAAUGUAUAGGCUUGGUUGUGCCCAGCUUGUCUCUCUGCUCUCUCCCGAUCCUCUCCGUGGGGCUCUGGUUAUCCUCCCGAACGCUGCAGGGCUGUCUGUACCCAGCCCUAACCGCCUGCCAGUCAGGUGAGGAACUUGCAGCCCAAACUGCUGCUGUUACUCUGGCCUUUCCAAGGAUGUAGGCUGGUCCUCAGCUCGGGGCUUAACGAGGCCAGAGUGAAGGGAGGGCCUUCUUGGUAGACCAGUACGGUAGCCAUCAGCCAGAGGUGGCUUUUGAGCAUGAAAUGGGGCUCAUCUAUGUAGACACAUUCUGUGAUUGUAAAAUGUACACACUAGAUGUCAAAGACCAAGUACUAAAACAUAAAAAUAAAACUAAAAUGAAAGAAUGGAAAUACAAAGAUUUUUAUAUUGAUUGAAUGUUGAAAUGAUAAUAUUUUGAAUAUAUUGGGUUAAAUAAAAUCUACUGAAACUAA